GUUUGUCCUCAGUGCUCGCGCUUCUCUUCGUGGUUUCUCCCUCUUUAAGAGGGGGAAAGAGGGAUUAGGGUUAGGGUUAGGGUUUGAGAGGUGCUUCCCUUGCUUGGUUUUCCUUGAUAAUGUCUUCUUCGUUGCUGCCGCAGAGUGCGGUGAUUCCGCGAAGUGCGCAUCUUCGAUAUUGGCGGCUGAUAUCCCCUCAAAGGAACCAGAUGAUGAGGCCGAGCUCGAUCGUGUGCUCCCAGGCUACUGAGAGCUCCCAUAAAUCCAUGGCAGUCGGUUCUUCAAGCGUUUCGUUUCCAAUCUUGGUGAAUGGCUGCACUGGUAAAAUGGGUAAGGCAGUGGCAGAAGCUGCUGUUUCUGCUGGACUUCAAUUAGUGCCAGUAUCAUUCAGCAGCCAGGCAACGGCUGGCAGAAUUGUUCAAGUUGGAAGUAAAGAGAUUCAAAUUCAUGGGCCUAGUGAAAGGGAUUAUGUUUUUGCUUCUAUUAUAGAUGAAUUUCCAGAUCUUAUAGUUGUGGACUAUACUGUGCCUGAUGCAGUAAAUGAAAAUGCAAAACUUUAUUCCAAAUUAGGUGUGCCUUUUGUAAUGGGCACAACUGGAGGAGACAGACAGCUGUUGCAUAAGACGGUGUACGAUGCAAAUGUUUAUGCAGUCAUUUCUCCACAAAUGGGAAAACAGGUUGUUGCAUUUCUCGCUGCCAUGGAAAUUAUGGCUGAGCAGUUUCCUGGCGCGUUUUCAGGCUAUUCUCUAGAGGUGAUGGAGUCUCAUCAGGCAAACAAACUAGACACAUCUGGUACUGCAAAAGCUGUUAUUGCAUGCUUCCAGAAGCUUGGUGUUUCAUUUGAUUUGGAUCAGGUCCAACAAAUCAGAGAUCCAAAGCUACAGGUUGAUAUGGUUGGUGUCCCUCAAGAGCACCUGUCUGGCCAUGCAUUUCACUUGUAUCAUCUCACAUCGCCGGACCAAACAGUUUCAUUUGAAUUCCAGCAUAAUGUAUGUGGAAGGUCGAUUUAUGCAGAGGGUACGAUUGAUGCUGCCAUUUUUCUGCAUAAGAAGGUCCAGUCUAAGGCUGACCAGAAAAUAUACAACAUGAUUGAUGUCCUUAGAGAGGGUAAUAUGAGAUGAUAAUAUUUUUGAAUUUUGUAGCAAACUAGAAUUAUAUUUUUAGCUCCUUUUUUUUUUUUUAAUUUUUGUUGAGGCUUUUUCAAGGUGAUUUAGAGCCAUUGUUGGCAGUUAAUCAACUCCUAAACAUUCUUCUUUUGCAAUGUUGACCAUGUAAGUUUUGAUAAUUUUUCUCAUGAUACUUUUGAUGUUUUGCUUGAGUCUGGUUAAUGUAAGAAAAUUUAUAUA